AUGACUGUCACAGAAGCUGUCAAAUCUGCCGUCGGGCUCAGCAGCGCGCCUGCUCCUGCUACACGAGAGGAAAUGCGCGAAGCUAGACUACCAUUGGCAUACCGAGACAGCUGCGCGAACCUUCUCAUUCCCCUCAACCGAUGUCGAUACGAAGAAUAUUAUCUGCCAUGGAAGUGCGAGACAGAGAGACACAGCUACGAGAAGUGCCAGUACGAGGAGUUCAAGAAGCGAGUUGCAAAGAUGGACGAACUUAGAGCUGCGAAGGGAGGAGAAAGAAGCAAUUGA